AUGUUGCACUGCAUUGUGGGAAUGGUGGACAAAACAAGACGUGCUCUUGAUGUGCUGCGCGAGCGCUGCCAGCGCGAUCGCGAAGAACUGCACACCUGGAUGCGCAGACAUGCAGAGGGGGUCGACCAGGACAUGAAGAAACGCACCAAUGAAAUGAUGGCGCACACGCUGAGACAGACCGAGGACAGAGUAACGGAGGUCAAAAGGAGGGCAGAGGAAGCAGUGAAUGAAGUCAAACGCCAAGCAGUGUCUGAGUUGCAGAAAGCUGUAGCUGCUGCUGAGGCCAAAGCUACUGAUCUUGUCCGCGAGGAGCGUGCAAAGAUGGAGCGUGCUGUCAAAGAUGCACGGAAACAGACCCAGGAGGAAAUUUUGACGAUGGUGAACACUCAAGAUGAAUCGAGUGAGAGCUGUUGGAACUGUGGUAGGAAGGCAAGUGAGACGUGCAGUGGCUGCAACAUUGCAAGGUACUGCGGCUCUUUCUGCCAACACAAAGACUGGGAAAACCACCAUCAUGUGUGUGGACAGGCACAAACGGCACGCGAGGCCCAUGCUGCACAUGCACAACAUCCCAAAGCUGCAGCUGCUGCAGCCACCACAACUGCCACUACUUCUACUUCAUCCUCCUCCUCCUCAUCGUCAGUGGUGACACAUUCACGGGGCGCAGACACAGUGGUAGCAAGCACAGAAGCAACCACCACUGCAUCCACCUCUGUCACCAGUCACAUCAAUACAGUCACCACCUCAUCAAGUAGACCAGAAUCUAGGUCAAGUUUGCCCAGGUCAAGGUCAAACACACCAGAAAAACCAAAAGCGGAGGCUGCAAGAUAAACAGGGGUGUUUACAUUAUAUUUUGUUGAUUAUUUUGAUAGAAUGGUGGUGGCAGAAAUAUUGAUUGACAGUACAAAAGGUGAUAAACUUGUUCACAUUUCAUCCUGGAGAAGGUGACAUUGUGUGUGCAUUUUUUAGGGUUAUAGAUGUUGAAUGAACUUUUCAAUAGAUGUCAGCACGGGAGCAUGCAUUUUCCUUAUAAAUGAUUGGGAUUUUGAAACCCUGCCAAGUGCUUGGAAGAGUCUUCAUGUUGGGCUGUCUGUCAUGAAGUACGUGAACGUGUAAACAGCUACCGUUUUUUUUUUUUUCCUUUUUCUGUGAUGAACUCCUCAGCAGUGUUAUUUGUAUUCAUGACCACAAUUGAUGCCACAUAUUUGUUUAUAGGAAGGAAAAAACCAGAAAAAAACUGCCAGCUGUACAUACGUGUAGUAGAUUAGGACAUUAGUAAAGCAUACAAAUGCAAAAAGUGGAUGAAGUGUUUUCAUGCUCAGCAGGUAGAAAUCCAUUGAUAACUGAUGUGGUGUUUAUGGCCUGUAUUUUUCAAUUUUUCAAUAUUACAAAUUGUGUAAAGAAAAACAGGGGAAAAAAGAAACUUGGGCUAUGUAGAAAUGGCUGUCAUCAACAUUGCCUGUUCUUUCACAAUCAUUGGGUAAAUUUUUUGGGGAAAAUCUUAACUGGAGGUGGAUUUCCCAAGUCCAGACACACAAGCUCUGCAUGUUUAAACUAAUUACUUACAAAAUAUGAACAAAAUCAGACAUAAACGAUCAUCAAGGAUCUUUUGUUUUUCAUACUAGUGAAAUAUAAGAAGUAUUGAAGUU